GACCCGAUCUGAACCGAUGAGCUGAGGGAAGGAGCGACACAGUGAUGCGGAGCUGAGUUUGGCGAGGAGCAGAAACAUCCAGACGAGCUGUGGAGCUCCACAUGUCUCCUCCGCGACAGGACCCGAGCUUCUCCUCACACAGCCCAGCUCCUGUUUGACUGUGGUGCCAUUAUCGUGUGUUUCACUGAACAUCCAGCCGUCAGUGAGCUCCUGACAGACCCUGGAGCUUCCUGAGGUGUUUUUUGAACAUGAUGGGUCAGCCCGUUGGAGCCAUCAUCCAGGACCUUUUGGUGCCCUCACUUCAGGGUGAGGAGGGUCUUGAGUCCAGACGUCUGGGUGAGGCGUGUGGGUCCUUCACCGAUGAAGCCGUUUCCAUCCUGACCUCCACGAGCCAGCGAGCACGAAGCCUCCUGGGUCGCACCUUUUUGCUCAAGCACAAAGAGAGCGCUGAAUCUAAGGCUGGCAGCAGCUGCGAUGAAGACGGCAGCAAUAACAUACGCCGCAAACGGGAGUUCAUCCCCAGCGAGAAGAAAGACGACGGCUAUUGGGACAAGAGAAGAAAAAACAAUGAGGCUGCCAAGAGGUCCAGAGAGAGGCGGCGGGCCAAUGACAUGGUGCUGGAGAGGAGGGUCCUGGGUCUGCUGGAGGAGAACGCUCGCCUGAGGGCAGAGCUGUUGGCCCUGAAGUUUCGCUUUGGUCUGGUCAAGGAUCCGUCUGAUGUGAGCAUCCUGCCCCUCUCUGUUCCCCUCUGUGCACGCCCACCACCCACUACAACAAAUUACUACCAACCUCACAACGAUGGACCUUCAUACCUCAACACACAGCAAAGUCCCAGCACCCACCUAAUCCCCUCCCAGCCUCAGGAGCAGGCGUCCAUCUAUGGGCCGAGGGUGAGCGGGCCACUGUCAGGUCACUGUGUGUCCGAGGAUUCCGGUGUUUCCACCUCAAGUAGCUCAAACAUGGGCAGCCCUGUGUUCUUUGACGACACGUUGAGUGAACGUGUCGAGCCUUCACCGAGGCAGGUGGCCGAGGAGCAGCCGGGCUAUGACUCCCACAUAUGUCCCGUGGAGGGGCAGUAUGUAAACAAACAAGACUCCCAUGAGGGGUUAAGGAGUCUCCCGCACAAGCUCCGCUUCAAAUGUUCCGGUGUCAACAGUGACGUAGGGGAGAUGUCUCCUUCCUCUGAUCACAGACACAGCGAACCCCAUGUAGUGACGGUGGGGCCAAACAUGCAGGUGAGGAGCCACCAGCAGGCAGCGUGGGACAGUCGGGCAGCGAGUCAGGCCCCGUGGUCGAGGGAGGAGGCUGGUGGUGGACACGGGCAGAAGCAUCAGGCUCUGUCCUCUGGGUAUUAUAACUCCUCCUCUUUGCAGAACUCCCGGGACACUAAGCAUACGACUGAGGACGUCAGUCUCAGGUCGCAGAUCAGCUGCCUGUCUCAGGAAGUGGCUCAGCUCAAACGGCUCUUCUCUCAGCAGCUGAUCUCCAAGGUCACUUAAAACCCGAACAGCGGAAGAUCGGAGGCAAAUCAAUGCUAACGGACAUGUCCCAGCUCACAUAGUACAAACAAUCAGCUAUCUGGAACAACCCACCACUGCUUGAACAUACAAUGACAGAGUGUGUUUACAUCCCCACCUGUUUCUCUGUAACAAUUCAGUUUAGUGAUCUGUUUGUUCUGUGACGAUCAGCACACCACAACCAGGAGAGACAUCUUUUAACAUAAUGCUUGACGACUGAAGAACUAAAGGGGAUUCAUGUGUGAUUCAUUGGAUCAGGCUGAACUCCAGCGAUUUGACAGACAGCAGUAAAACGAAUGUUAAAUAUUAAGCAUGCAAACCGAACCUCAGUCUCAUCAUGUUCCACACACAUUUGAACAUGUCAAAGUUUCUGUCAACACAAACAUACCGUUGUUCAACCUUUUCAAAGAGAGUUAUGUUGAGUGUAACAUGAUACAUUAUAAUAUGUGAUACAUAUGACGCUUUGGAGUUUACUGUAGUUUUGUGCUCUUCGCUAUAUCUGCCUCCCAUUUAUGACUGCAAGGUACAUAUAGAAAUCACUGUCAUCAUCACUGUUCAGCAUUGUAACUGUAUUUGAAAAUAAAAGUAUUUUGUCCAUGAA